AUGAGCAAUUUUUUGAUACAAAUUUCAGGGGAUAAUGAAAAGGUACAUAAGGAAGUUGCAAAAAUAUUUUCUGAACAAUUUUUAGAACAGAAUGGAAAUUUAAAUAAUAAAAAAGAUAAAUAUAUAUUAACAGAAAAAUAUGUAGAUACAUUUUUAAUCCCUCAUUUAUAUAAACAAAAUAGUUACAAUGAUUUUUAUUCCGUUAAAUGUGAAUUUGAUAUCCCUAUGGAAAAUUUAAAUGAACAAAGUUCAACCAAUGAAUAUACACCAUCAAAUAAAAUAAAUAUAAACUUAUAUGGAUCUCAAAUAUAUUUUGAAAAUGUAGAACAUGUAGAAAAUGAAACUCGAUAUAAAUCAGACAAAAUAAAUAAUACAACUUCCACUAUUAAAGAAUACAAAAUAAAGAAUAAAAAUGUGUUGUUAUUACAUGGAUUUUUUAAUUAUAGAGACUGUAUACAAAAUGACAAAUUUGAAAAAGGAGAGAAUAACUGUAUAAAGGGUUUAUAUAAUUAUAUUAAAAAUGAUGAUAACACAAAAAGUAAUAUUAAAGAUUGUCUAAAAAAUAUUGAAGGAAGUUUUGUUUUAAUUUAUAUUGAAUGUGAAAAGGAUAACCAAAUAAAUAUAUAUUUUUUUAAUGAUCAAUUUGGUAUGAAAUCAUUUAUUUAUUUUUAUGAGCAAACAAGUAUAAUAUUAACAAAUAUGUAUCCCCCUUUUAUACAUUAUAAUUUCAACUAUACUAACAUAAAAACAAAUGAAUAUAUAUUUAAUGAUAGCUCUAUAAAUGAUCAUGUAAAUUUAGUACAAAGUAAUAAUCUCUCACCACAUGAUAAAGAAGACGACUCUUUAGAUUUAUACAAAACACAUGACAAACAAAACAUACCAAUAAAUAAUAAAAUCGGUAUUAAUAUUACACCAUAUUAUAUAUAUAAAAUUUCUUUUCAUAAACAAUGUGAAGUUUUAUUUGAAAAAAUUAAAAAAGACAAUUGUAUAUAUACAGAAGAUUAUCAAUGGAAAGACGAGCAAAUAUCAUUAAAAAAAAACUUUGAAAAUAUAAUAGGUUUUUUUAAAAAAAAUUCAUUUCUUUUUUCAAAUAUAAAUCAUGAAUUAGAAAUAUCCCAAUUAAAUAAUAUCAUUGAAAUAUUAUGUGAUCAAAUAAAAACAAAUCAACAAAAUGAUGAAACUUUUCAACAUAUAUUAGCAGAAAUAAAAUUAAACAAUAUUUUUAUUAAUCUAUAUUUAAAGUUAUUAAGUUCUAUUGUUAAGAGAAAGAUACAAAUUUUUUUCAACUCGAACAUUUUUCAAAAAAAGGAUAAUAAAAAUAAGUCAUGUAUUUGUCAAAACAAUGUAGAAUCUUCUUUUUCAAAUAAAUCUAUUUCCAUUUUAUUUUCAGGAAGUGUAGAUUCUAUGUUAUUGUCUAUAAUUACUAUACAUAAUUUUUUUAGUAUAUAUAAAAAUGGAUAUAUAGAAUUGAUUAAUGUUUGUUUUGAUGAAAAUGCAAUAGAUAGAUAUACAUGUUUAAUCUCUUAUGAGCAAAUAAAUAAAAUGUUUCCGACACUUGAUAUUAGAUUAUUAUUAAUAGAUGUACAACCAAAUGAUCUGAUAAAAUAUGAAAAAGUUAUUUAUUAUAUUAUGUCUCCAAAUCAUUCUAUUAUGGAUUAUAAUAUAUCAUCUGCUUUAUUUUUUUCAAGUAUAAAAAAUGGCUAUAUUUUAUCUCCUAACUUUUUUAAUACCCCUGAUUGGGAAUCUAUAAAAAAAAAAGUUUUACCUUUUCUUAAUAUAAGCACAGAAAAGGAUAACAUACAAAAUGUCAAAACACAAAAAGAAAAUUCUGAUAUAACAAAUGUAAAUAUCAACAUGGUUGAAAGUAAAACUUCUAGCAAAUGUAGUGUCUGUGAAUUUCGGAUGAACCCCAAUUGUAUUCAUAAAUCCUGUGCAAUAUGCUGUCGAAAGCUGAGGUAUAUAUAUUAUAAGGAAUAUAUUUCAAAAAAAAAUGAAAAUGCUAAAGAAACGGACAAGAUUGACAUUACAAUUUCAGGUGAAAAUCUUUCCCAAUCUAGUCAUGACAUACAAUCUCGUCAUGGCAUGUACCAAAUGCAUACGGACUCUAAAACGGGAAAAGAUAUUAUUUAUUUGCUCGUAAAAAAAAAGAAAGUAUUAAUAAAUUUUGAUAUAUAUUAUAAUUGUAUGGCACAUAAAGAAAAACUAUAUAACUAUCAAGAAAUAGACAACUUGUUUAUUAAUUUUGCAAAAGAGUUGAAAGAAAACAAUUUAACAAAUAAUAGUGAUAAAAAAGAGAAUGCCAAUCAAGAUCUGUGCCCAAGUGACGAUAUUGUAAACACUUUUAUACAAAAAGAAAAAUCAAAUUUAAAUUUGAAUAAUAAAAAUAGUGAAGAACAAAUACGAAAUUUAUUAUGUAGAAAAACUAAAACAGAAAAAAAAAAUAAUAAUGACAAAAUAUAUUUAAAUAAUGAUAUAAAACAAGAAGACGAAGAAGAAAGUUUAAAUUACUUGAGUAGAGAGUUGUAUAGAAAAUGUAAUGGGCUAACUUUGUCAAAAGAAGAAAUCAAAUGCUGCUGUAAACGUAGGAUGCUUAUAAUUGGAAGUGGAGCUGAUGAAUUGUAUGGGGGGUACUACAGACAAAAUAAUCAAGUUAGACAAGAUGGAAAAUUAAAAAAAAAUAAUCAUAAGCUAAAUGAAAUGACAAAGGAUAUAAAAAGAUUAUGGAUUAGAAAUUUAUAUAGAGAUGAUCGAAUAAUUACAUAUGCAAAUAAUUGUGAGCAAUAUGUUUUUUAUCCUUAUUUAGAUAUAAAUUUAAUAAAUUUUUUAUUUUCAAUUCCAUUUCAAAAUGUUGUAAAACCAAUAAGUAUUACAAACUUAUGUAAAAAUCAAAAUAACAGUUUAAUGUUUUCACAAACUAAUGAAAAAUUAAUAAAUAGUGAUAAAAACAAAAUUGAAAUAAAAUUUGAUUAUUUAUCAAGUAAUCUAGAUGAACAUUAUAAAUUAUAUACAACUAUAAAUAAUUAUAAAAUUAGUAAAUGGAUUUUAAGGAUGUCUAUAUUUUUUUUAAAAUUUAAAAAUGUUAUUUUUUUUAAAAAAAAAGCUAUUCAAUUUGGAUCAAAAGCAAAACAUAUUUCAAAAUAUAUGGAAGAAUAUAUUUUAUCAACAAUUCAUAAAGAUCCUUCUUUACUUAGUAUAUACGAACAAAAUAAAGAAGCCCAAUAUAAUAGAGAAAAAAAAAAAGAAAAAAAAAAAGGUGACACUCAGUACACAUUACUUUGUAUUGGCAACAUACCAAUAGCAAAGUAA